UUAGGAUUCCUCCCUGAGCCACUUUUAACGCUCUCUCCCCAUGGGGCACGACGCCAGACAUUGCCAGCACAAGCAGAUGGACGAUGCCGAUUGGCUAUACGAGCGCCAAGGCGGCAUCUCCGUUAGGGCUUCGUGCUGAAAAGUGGCCGAGCCCGGCGGCAAGCGUGAAGUAUAGACGGUGUGAUUCAAGUCGCAGGUUGCAUCUGCAGGAGAUACUGGGAGUUUUCGAAUAUUUAAGAGGUGGCGCUCCCUAUAUUAAGCGUUUGGUUAUUCAAAUCAGAAAAAUUUCACAAGCAUUUCAGCCAGUCCCUCCCUUGCAAGACUCGUCAACAUGGUGUCGCUCACGGCAAUAUCGCCGUCAUCCUUCAGACGGCCUUCUCCUAUCCAGGGAGCUGCCGAUGCGAUUCCCAUCCUUGUCAAUGACACUUAUCAUCUUUUCCAUCUGGCGACACCACCUCAUACUGUUCAUCACCCUGAGAGACUUCGUUCGUAUUGGUCGCAUCUCCGCUCCAACGAUUUGAUUCAUUGGAGUAGAGAUAGCUCCUCAUCCAUUGCUCCAGACGAGAAGCCAGCAAGCUAUGACUCUGAUGGUGCAUGGACUGGCUCAGCAGUUAUUGGACCCGACGGAAACAUGCACAUCUUCUAUACAGGAUAUAAUCUGUCCCAGGAUGGCAAACAAGUCAUCAUACAUGCGGCGUCCUCUGAUAUAGAAGGAUCAUCAUUUGGGAAAUAUCCAGAGCCAAUCUCCAUAAGCCAUGAGACAGUUGCAAAUCUCGCCGCAUUCGAGGACAUUGACUUCCGUGAUCCUUAUGUGCUUUUCAAUGAGGGGGAGCGGAAGUAUUGGAUGCUGGUGGCUACACGCCUCUCCGAGGGCCCGUAUUGGACCAGAGGAUGCCUUGCACUGUUGACAUCGACGGACUUGAAUACCUGGCAUUUAGAACCAGAGCCUUUCUUUGCUCCAAAUGACAUGUUCUGCCCUGAAUGUCCAGAGCUCUUCUCACUCCCCAAUGGUAAAUGGUAUCUCGUUUACUCGCGAUUCGCUUCUCCUGAUGCUGGUACGGUAUAUCGGGUGUCUGAUACACCGCGUGGUCCCUUUCGGAAGCCCAAGGAUGGCUCUGCCGGGCGUUGGGAUGGGAGAAGAUGGUACGCAGCCAAGUCCUGCCCCAAGGUCGGAGAUCCAUCAAAGCGCGUUUAUUUCGGGUGGAUAGCGGAUCGCUGCGAGGCAGACAAGAAGUGGAUGUGGGGAGGUGAUAUGGCCUACCCGCGACAGGUCUCUGCUGCACCAGAUGGAUCUCUUAGAAUUGAGCCGAUUCAGGAGAUCCUGUCAGAGCACUUUUGUUCGGAACCUUAUUUUCAGCGUUCAUCUGUUAAAUUAAACUCUCAUGGUGCAGUCAAGAAACACUUUCUUUACCCAGCAUCCGCCGAUUACGGUACAAACUCAUCCUUGUCGACUUUCAUGUCCUUCAAGUUCUCCUCGAGUGAUGCAGCAUCAUUUGGUGUCCUUUUCUACGCAGAUUCAGAUCUUGCCGGAUAUUGGUUGCGUUUCACUCCCACGCAACCUGGAUCAGGGAGACCACUCUUUUCUAUCUCAUUGUCUCUAUGCCCUCCUUCCCUUGACGACUUUUGGGCCGACCAGUACAAGUUGUACCUCCCCCGAGAAGUUGAUGGCCAUGAACUAGUCCGGCACGAUAACGUUUUAAUUGGAGAAGAUGAACCUGUAAAAGUUCUUAUGAUAGGAGAUACCCUGGAAGUUUUCGUGGGCGGGAGGGCGAUUAGUUAUCGAUUUCAACCAAAACAUUACAGCGAUAAAAGUGGAAACCUGAGAUACGGAUUGUUCGUGGAUGAUGGAGAGGUCACUUUCAGUUCAUUUUUCUCCAUUGUUAGCAAGUUCCUAUCAAGCUGAAUCCCCUCGCUUUUCAAGUCACCGGGCAGUUCUCAUAGCCCGGGAAUACCGUGAAGAAAGGGGGUAAGGGGACCGCAAAAGAAUGAUAACAAAAAAAAGAACGGAGGAAAGUAGAAAAGAAAGAAUAUACAUAGAAUCGUUGUGUUGAGAUAAGGCUCACUCAAAAUUAUAUAUAUACAUAU